AUGUCCGUUUACCCCGUACAACACGUGCCGAUCGUCAAGUCGAAGAGACCCGAAAACUCGGCGUAUUACAAUGACUUCCGUCCGCCGUCUCUCUAUUCCGUUUUGUACCCUUCGCCAAAUUCUCUGGGUAUGUUCAAGCCGUACGGAUUAUAUAAACCCCUAGACAGACUAAUGAGAUAUGAAGGAAUCACAAAUGAUGUACCUAGAUAUCACCCAAGUUUAUCUAUUUUUAAGAUUGGUGAACGAGGUUCUGGUUUUCGACCGAGAGCUGGAGAUGUCCAGGACUUUGAAGUACUCCGAGAUCAAUGCUUACAACGAGGAGCACUUUUCGAAGAUCCGGAUUUUGAUACAGUCAAUUCUUCGAUAUUUUAUAGCAAAUUGCCAGAUAAACGAUUUGAAUGGCGAAGACCAAACGAGAUCGCAAGUAAUCCUCAAUUAUUUAUUGAAGGUGCUUCAAGAUUCGAUGUACAGCAAGGAGAAUUGGGUGACUGCUGGUUGUUAGCUGCCGUAGCCAAUUUGACUUUGAACGAAAAACUCUUUCAUCAAGUAGUGCCAAAUGAUCAAGGAUUCGAUAGUAAAUACGCGGGUAUAUUUCACUUUAGAUUUUGGCAGUAUGGUAGAUGGGUUGAUGUGGUAAUUGAUGAUCGUUUACCAACUUAUAAUGGCAAGUUGAUAUUCCUUCAUUCAGCAACUGAAAAUGAAUUCUGGAGUGCAUUAUUGGAGAAAGCAUAUGCCAAAAUUCAUGGGUCAUACGAAGCAUUAAAAGGAGGUAGCACAUGUGAGGCUAUGGAGGAUUUCACUGGUGGUGUAUCAGAAAUGUAUGAAUUAAGUGAAGUUCCGGCCAAUUUGUUUAUGAUCAUGUUGAAAGCUUUUCAACGGCAAUCACUAAUGGGAUGCUCUAUUGAGGCCGACCCAAGCAUUACUGAGAUGGAAACACCUCAAGGAUUGGUUAAAGGUCAUGCAUACAGUAUAACCAGGGUAACAUAUGUAGACAUUACAACUCCAAAUACAACUGGUAAAAUACCUUUACUCAGACUUCGAAAUCCAUGGGGCAAUGAAGCAGAAUGGAAUGGUCCGUGGAGUGAUAAAUCAGCUGAGUGGAGGUUUAUAUCAGAUUCUGACAAACAAUCAUUAGGUUUGGUAUUUGAUGCUGAUGGCGAGUUUUGGAUGUCAUAUAAAGAUUUCGUUAAAUAUUUCUCUCGAUUGGAAAUUUGCAAUUUAAAUCCUGAUCUCCUUACUAAAGAAGAACUUGGUGAAGACUCUAACAAAAGAUGGGAAAUGAGUGUGUUUGAAGGCGAAUGGGUCCGAGGUGCUACUGCUGGUGGAUGUCGUAAUUUUCUAGAAACAUUUGCAAGUAAUCCACAGUAUCGUAUCACAUUAGAAGAUCCUGAUGAUGAGGACGAUGAGCAUAAAUGUACCGUAAUUAUUGCUUUAAUGCAAAAAAAUAGACGUGCUCAACGAAAGAUAGGCGCUGAAUGUUUAACAAUUGGAUUUGCUGUGUAUCAGCUCAUCAACCCAGAUUCCUUACCGAAACCACUGGAUACAAAUUUUUUUAAGUAUAACGCGUCUACAGCAAGAAGUCCCACAUUUAUUAAUUUACGAGAAGUCAGUAGUCGAUUCAGUCUACCACCAGGUACAUAUUGUAUUGUGCCCUCCACAUUCGAUCCGAAUGAACAAGGUGAAUUUUUACUUCGAGUAUUCUCAGAACAUGAAAAUAACAUGGCGGAGCUUGAUGAUGAAGUUGGAAUGGGUGAAGUCGAUGUGAAGAUUAAAGAACAAGAGCCUGAGCCAGAUAAAGUUGAUAAAGCUAAUGAGAAAAUCAAAGAAUUCUUCCUUAAAUUGGCUGGUGUUGAUCAAGAAGUCGAUUGGAUGGAACUCAAAGAUAUUUUGGAUUAUGCUAUGAGAAAUGAUGUGGCAAGUAAUACAAAUGCUGAAGAUAAUAUCCUUGUCAACUUACUUCAGACAUUCUGUGAGGCUUUCUGUCAGGGAUCGCCUUUAGCAUCUACGUUCAAAAUGGAAAAAGCUGGAUUUUCUAAAGAUGUAUGCCGUAGCAUGAUUGCUAUGAUGGAUUGGGAUCGAUCAGGUAAACUUGGUUUCGAAGAAUUCAAAAGUCUGUGGAUUGAUAUCAGACAGUGGAAGACUGUCUUUAAAAUGUACGACAAAGAAAGCAAGGGUUACAUAAAUGGAUUUGAACUUAGACAAGCAUUGAAUUCAGUUGGUUAUCAUCUUAACACACAUAUCCUUAAUAUUAUGUGUCAUCGGUAUGCAACCAAAGAUGGAAAUAUAAUGUUUGACGAUUUUAUUAUGUGUGCUGUAAGACUAAAAACGAUGAUAGAUAUGUUCAAAGAACGUGAUCCUGACAACAAAAAUAUUGCCUCAUUUACAAUGGAAGAAUGGGUGGAAAAGACAUUGUAUUCAUAGAUUUUAAGUGUCAUUAAGUAUUAUUAUUAUUUUUUUUUUUUUUUUAUGAUAAUGAUUUUAUUUUUAAAUGGAUUUUUAAUUUAGAAAUCGGUUAUUCAAUUUACAUAAAAUGUUAAAUUUUUAUAUGUAUCCUAUAUAUAUUACAGUUUAAUAUGCAGAAAUACAUAGCAAUGACUAUUUAGGAGCUAUUUAAAAAAAAAACGGUAUUGAAAUUUCCUCAGAUUCAAAAUAUAUUCGUAUGCAGCUUAAUUUAAAAUAUAUAUUUUAAGGUCCGUUCUUAUUGGUGCUUCCUAAACUAUAAUAUUUAUUUAUUAAGAUAUAGAAUUAUCGACCUGUUUAGUUAAAUUAAUUAACAGGGUUAACCUGGAAAUUACUUGAAUUUCCAUUUAUCAUAAGUACAAACAUAUUUUAACAGUGUUAAUUAUUUUUACUGAGAUUUAUUGC